AUUUCAUUUGAACUUCAAAACCCUAUCAAAAACCCUCUACUUUCUUCAAUCUCAGCUGCCAUGGUUUUCUGAAAAAAAAAAAGCUUAAAAUGUCAGCUUCUAGAUUGUUCUUUCUACUUGGAGCUUCGACUGUUCGUAACUGUAACAAGCCUACGAAUAUAUCUUCUCCAUUUUCUCCAUUUCGAUUCUCAAAGCCGUUGCUUUGUCCUGUUGUACGGUUCCGCAGUUACAAUUGUACCUCAGCUACACUCGAGACCAAAACAAUCGAACCAUUGGUCAGUCCUAGAAAUCAUCCAUGGCCAGAAUGGGUUGCUUUCGUGGACCGUUUGAAAAGCAAAGGAUACAUUACAGAAAAAAGUACGAGCACGGGUGAAGACGGCGAUGGGAGUAUUUAUACGGAUAUGAAUUUGUUGAAAGAUGCAUGCCUUAACUUCUCUCGCGACCGUUCAGACAUUUUCAAAAAGUUGUCCACCCAAGAUAUGCAGAAAGUUGUGGAGAAGGGCUGUCCUAAUCUAUUCAGGAAGGUUGUUAACUCUGCGAAAAGGCUAAGGAUUCAUCUAAACCUCGACGAAGGAGAGGUAUGUGGUGCUUGCAAUUUCCGUGGAUCAUGUGAUAGGGCUUACUUGAUAUUAAAGGAGUCUGAGGGUGUCGCGCGUACAGUCGAUAUUGUGCGGGUCUUGCUUAUUUAUGCAUUUGAUUCUGCAGUUAUAUCUAGUGGAGCAAUGCCUCCUGGUAGUGAGCUUAUCGAGGUAUCUGCAAGACAAUUGCUCUCAGAGUUGGUUGAAUUAAGUGAGACACCUAUUGAUCCUGAUCAUCUAACACCUGCCCCCAAGGCUUCUCCAAGAAAGAAAGAGUCUGUUGGCUCAAGGACAGAUGGUCUGGAAGAUGUUGAAAUGAAAAGAAGAAAUUCAACUGGUCUUGAGGGUGAAAUGCCUAAAAGAAAUGUUGAAAUGAAGCAAGGAGAUUGGAUCUGUUCGCAGUGCACUUUCAUGAACUUCGCCCGCAAUGCACAGUGCCUGAGAUGCAAAUCAAAAGGACCUAGUCGAGAUGCUCCUGUGGUUAAAGAAAUGAAAAAGGGAGAUUGGAAUUGCCCACAAUGUACAUUCAUGAAUUUUGCUAGCAAUACCAAGUGUUUACGCUGCCAAGAGCAGCGUCCCAAGAGACAGCUGAAUCCUGGAGAAUGGGAGUGCCCCUCAUGUGACUUCUUGAACUUCAGAAGCAACAUGGUCUGCAAGAAGUGCACUUGUGAACGUCCCAAAGAUGCAAAGACACAGUCAAAAUAUGAGGAGCAACUCUGGACAAAGCCUUACUAAUGUAGCUAAACAUCACAGCUCAUACAGUCGGUUGAGGAUAUCAUCACAACGCAACUUUUUUUGGUGCUUCAGGUGAGUGGAUAUGGAAUUGGGAAUAACAUAUUUCUUCCUCUCGUUGUUACUUUAGCAAUUAAGAGAUGUUUGUUAAGUCUUAAUUUAUAUUUUCGUGAAAUAGUUUGUAAGUAUUAUUUACUGUAGAAUCUAAUAAACAGUGUUUCAUGGGCCACUUUAAUUUUUUUUUAAAGUGUAAGAAUAUAUUGAUUUAUGGGUUUAUCUGUUCUGGAAAUUUGUAGUAUGUGGGAGCA